AUGGCGGCAUCGGGAGGGCUCGAGCAGUGGCAGAAGGACGGGUUCUUCCAGGCGGCCGAGGAGGUGCAGGAGUCGGCGGACUUGAUGGAAUCUGUCUAUAGAACUUGGAUGCGUGAGCGAUGUAAUGGUUCUAGCUCAGAGGAGGUAGACAAUUUGCAAAGGGAGCUUCAGACAGCUUUAGGGACUGCAAAAUGGCAGUUGGAACAGUUUGAGAGGGCUGUAAGUUCAAGCAACGAUAAGUAUUCACUGGAAGAGGAGAAAGACAUAAACGGUUCUUUAAUGGACAAUGGCACGCAAGGGCUCAAUUGGGUGAAGUUAGAUGAUGAGGAGCGAGAUGAUUUAGUCGCUUUCCUUUCAGCACCUGCAGACUUCUAUUCAGAAAUGAAGAGCACAGACAGCAGUAACCAUGUCCCAUCUAGACAAAAAAAUGUGCGAGUUGGCAUGAACGAUCAGAGUGAUCCAGCUUUAAUCAUUAAAGACAUAUAUGAAGUGCCACGCAGAGAAAUUUCUACUGUUAAGAGUGAUGUUUGUGGUCUAGCUGAGGAGUUACAUGGCCUUAGAAGAAAUUUGAGUGUAGGUAAUGAUCAUUGGAAGAUUGACAUUGGUAACGAGAUGGUUGAUGAUAGAAAAUCGUCCCCAAACGCAACUGGGGUUCAGGCUACAAGUCAGACUGCUUUAUCAAGCAUCCGGAGAAGCACAGAAUCUUUAACAAGAGUGAGAUGGUUUUGGAAUAGCUUGUGGAAACCCAAGAGUGAUGCAAAUCGCUCAUUAAGAUAUGAUAUGUCAAAUAAUCUUGACCUCAGGUUUCUAUCCUUAUUAACACAGAGAUUUAAUGGGCUAGCCGAAAGAAGCAGAAAUUAUUUGACAAGUUGGAAGGAAAAUUCCAGAAUUUCUGGACGGACAGGUGGGCUUCAUAUACAAGGCCAACAACAGAACAUUCAAUUUGGUCGUUCUAUUCGGAUCACCCUCUUACUGGUGUUGAGCAUCUUUUUGAUUGGUCAGUGCCAAACUUAUCUAGCAUGA